GCCCUCUGUAGUCAGCCCUAAAGCAUCUUUCUUGUAAAAUUUUACUUUCCCAUAUUUGUUUUACUGCUGGAUGAAUGACGUCGAAAUCAGGAACAAAAUUGUCACUCUUGUUCGAGUAUCGGUAAAAUCAUUUACUGAUUAAUCAUUAAAAUGAGAAACAUUGUUUUCCGAAUACUACUCUUCAUCAUAUUUGUUAUAUCUUCACUCGUCUUCCUACGGAUAUAUAUGAAAAAUGAUUCCAACUGGAUCUCGAGGAGACAGCCAAAACAAUAUGUAGUAACUGAUAAUCAUCGUCGAGCCAGUCAAACAAACAGCAGUUGUCUAUUUCAUACAUGUUUUAAUGUAUAUAAUUGUGGUAAUAACGAUGUUAAUAAGAUAUCCGUAUACGUCUAUCCAUACAUUGAGUUCGUCCAUGCCAACGGCAGUCCAGUCAUGCUACCUCGGUCAAAAGAGUUCAUGCAAAUAAUUGAUGCUAUAUUGGAAAGUCCAUUUGUAACUUCAGAUCCAAAGAAGGCAUGUGUAUUUGUUCCUCAAAUCGAUCUAUUAAAUCAGAAUAACCUUAAAGUGGAUAUGAUCGAUCGUUGUCUAUCGGCAUUACCAUUAUGGAAUAAUGGUGAAAACCAUCUUCUCUUUAAUAUGCUGCCAGGCUCUACACCAAAUUAUGCAACAAAAUUAGAAAUUAAUAGAGGAAAUUCUAUUCUUGCUGGUUCAGGUUUAGACAUUUCAACCUACAGGAUGAAUUUUGAUAUAUCUAUUCCAUUAUUUAACCCGUUGACACACCAUUAUACCUAUACUCACAAAAACAACAAACGGGAUUGGUUAUUAGUAUCAUCACAAAUUGGUAUUGAUCCUGCACAUCGUGAACAGUUAGAAAGGGUUACUGAGAGAUCUCGUGGAGUUUUAGUUUUAAGUAGAUGCGAAGGGGAUUUUAAUUUUACAGAAAGAUGCAACUUAAGAGGAGUGUAUCAUUAUCCUGCAAUUCUCUCCAGCGUCACUUUCUGUUUGGUUUUAAGAGUAUCCAGAUUCAGUCAAACAAUAUUAUCAGAAGCCAUGCAGCAUGGUUGUAUACCUGUUAUUGCAAUGGAUAGUUAUGUUCUUCCUUUUGUUGAUGUUAUAGACUGGAAAAGGGUCGUUAUACGUGUCGAAGAGUCCAGACUAAUUGAAAUAGUUGAAAUAUUAGAGAGAAUAGGAUCUGAUAGAAUCUUAGAAAUGCAGAGUCAAGUUCUUUUUAUAUGGGAUAAAUAUUUCAAGUCAAUGAGGGAAAUAACCUUAGCAACACUUCAAAUAAUCAAUGAUAGAGUUUUUCCGUACGAUGUUAAAUCUUAUGAAGAUUGGAAUGAAUUACAGGUGCCAAUUAAAGAUCCUCUAUUCCUACCUGUAAGACCACUCAAGCAUAAUGGAUUUACAGCUGUUAUAUUAAGUUAUGAUAGAAUAACAUCAUUAUUUGAUUUAAUACGAAAAAUAUCUGCUGCACCAUCAUUAUCAAAAGUUCUAGUCAUUUGGAAUAAUCAAAAGAAACAACCGCCACCUACUUCGAACUGGCCGAAUAUAAAUGUUCCUCUUCGAAUUUUACAAACACCUAGAAACAGUCUACAUAACAGAUUCUAUCCUUAUGCCGAAAUUGAAACCGAAGCUAUUUUAUCGCUGGACGAUGAUAUAUUAAUGCUGACAAUUGAUGAACUGGAAUUCGCAUAUCAGGUUUGGCGGGAAUUUCCUGAUCGUUUAGUAGGAUUUCCUAGUCGGUUACAUUUGUGGAAUAAUAAAACCGAUUCAUGGAAAUAUGAAUCCGAAUGGACAAGUUCUAUAUCAAUGGUUCUUACUGGAGCUUCUUUCUAUCACAAGUACUACUCUUUUGCAUAUACUAAAUACUUGCCUCAAAAACUCAAAUUAUGGAUUGACGAGAAUAUGAAUUGCGAGGAUAUAGCUAUGAACUUUAUUAUCGCUAAUCUCACUGGGAAAGCACCUUUAAAAGUCGGACCUAGGAAAAAAUUCAAGUGUUCAACAGCCAGUUGUAUAAACUCGGAUAUGUUGUCUGCUGAUUUAGCUCAUAUGGUAGAAAGAUCGGAAUGUAUUACCCAAUUUGUUCACGCCUUUGGAAGAAUGCCAUUAAAGUCUGUCGAAUUUAGGGCAGCUCCAGUGCUAUAUAAGGAUAAGGAAUAUUUCUCUUUUACGAAAUACUCAAAUAUUGGAUCACUUUGA